AUGGCCUCAGCUAUCCCCGGACCCGUUCCCCUUCCGGCCUCUAAGUAUGAUUUGAACACCUAUUUCGGUCGAGUUCGUCACUGCGCAGACAUCUCGGACCCCACGAUGUUGUUGAACUCAAGCAAAGAUAUUGAGAACGCCAAACGUCUUAUCUGGGACUACAAGAACGGCACCAUUCCCGCCAUGACGCCGCAGUUGUGGAAGUCCAAGAAGAUACUUGACUCCACCUUGCAUCCAGACACCGGUGAGACCGUCUUCUUGCCAUUCCGCAUGAGUUCAUGCGUCUUGUCUAACUUGGUAGUCACCGCCGGUAUGCUUACCCCGGGCUUGGGAACGGCAGGUACAUUGUUCUGGCAGAUUGCCAACCAGCUGUUGAAUGUGGCCAUCAACAUUUCUAAUGCCAACAAGUCGCACCCGUUGACCACCAAGCAGAUCGCUACCAACUAUGCAUUGGCAGUUUCUGCGUCAUGUUCGGUAGCUUUGGGACUCAACUCAAUUGUUCCUCGGUUGAAAUCAUUACAACCAAACACUAGAAUGAUCUUGGGCCGUUUGGUGCCAUUUGCAGCUGUUGUUUCUGCGGGAGUUGCCAACGUCUUCUUGAUGCGCAGUGAAGAGCUCAAACACGGAAUCACUGUAUUCGACAAGAACGGCGAUGAAUUGGGUUCGUCGAAAAAGGCGGCUUUGUAUGCUGUGGGAGAAACAGCCGCUAGCAGAGUCAUUAACGCCACCCCUAUCAUGGUGUUGCCUCCCUUAAUGCUUGUCAAGUUGCAGAAAACAAGACUUCUCAAGGGAAAGUCAAAAUUUGUAGAGACUUUAGUCAACAUCGGCUUGAUCUUCGGCACUUCUUUGGUUGCCUUGCCGUUUGCAUUGGCAGUGUUUCCACAGCGUAGAGUUUUGCCUGCUGCAUCUAUGGAAGAAAAGUUUCAUGGCUUGAAGGACAAGAACGGGGAGGAGAUUGUCAAUGUGGAGUUUAACAGAGGAAUCUAG